UGUACGUGUACUCUAGCUUCUGUCCAUGGCUUUAUUACAGAUCACGUAAAUCCUGAAGAAUAAACUUGAGGAAUAUUGCUGAAUAAGUUUUAUUUCUGACUGGCAGGUGAUCAACGCUGCACUGAACUGCUUCCUUAUUUAAAACAUGUUCCUGAACUCCAAGCGACAAUGCUUUGGCUCUUUUUGUGCGUCGUGGUCGUGGAUGUUCUUGUGGCCACAUUUGAGGUGAUUGUCCCUAAUAAACAUCUGCUGGCAGUCCGAGGUCGUCCAGCUGUACUGGGCUGUGAGUUCACAUCUGGUCCUGACCUCUCCAGCUUGGUUAUUACCUGGCAACGACAGGAGGACUCACGGGUUGUCCACAGUUUCUAUUAUCAACAGGACCAAUUGGACCGACAAUGUCCAAAAUACCACAAUCGGACCUCAUUGUAUGUUUCAGAGCUUCAUAAAGGAAAUGCCUCUCUAAGAAUUGCAUCAGUUAGACCGAAAGAUGCAGGUUGGUACCUUUGCGUAGUGAGCAAUGCAAAGGGAACAGGAAGAGCCUUGAUGGAAGUGACUUAUGGAGCUCUUUACUCUGAGCCCAGGUUAAGCAUCCUUGUAAACUCCUCUGCUUUGAAAGUGCAGUUUGAGACAGAAGGUUUUCCCAAACCUGAGGUGAUUUGGCUGGGGGAACACAACCAGAACCUCAGCUAUUACCUGGAGAUCCAUGACCAAAUAGAAGAUGGACUUUAUUUCAUAAAGAGCAUCUGUGAGGUCCAGAAGGCAGUGGUUAAUGUCACAUUUACACUAAAGAAUCACCUCCUGAACCAGAACCUGCAGAGACCAGUGUUCCUCAGCUAUGAUGAGGACACCACAGACCAUAUGAUUAUUGUACUUGCUGUCCUCUCAGUGGUUUGCAUUCUUCUGGUCAUUGGCAUCAUUUGGUUAGCAUUGCAGAAGCAGAACGAGCAGAGAUCUUCGCUAUGAUGAACCAUGAAAGUUAAUGAAUGGUGUUGGAGCUGUUCCCAAAAGGUCUGCAUGCAUGUUUAGACUUGUGCUAAACAUUACUAGCCUUAUUCAUGAAAUGCAAGCAGAGCAAAUGUUAAUUAACCUAUUCUUGCAUAAACGGAAUAUAAUUGCAAAAUGUGCUAAUGUUACGAAAUAAUGUAUUUCUAAAUAAUUUACACGUCAACAAAUGCCAGAGUCUGUAAGUGGGAGUCAUAUAGAUAUCUGCCAAAAGUCAUUUCCUAAUCGUUUUACUGCUUUUUUAUUUAUUGACCAUUGUGAAUUUUUAAAUAAUUUUUUAUACCAAAUCCAUCACAUGGCAUUUAUUAUCCUCACACUUUUAAUUGUCAAAGAAAUAUUUAAUAUAUUAACCACUGCAAAACAUGAUUCUGUACUGAACAAGUUAAAAUCACUUAUUGUGACAUAAGUAAUACACUGAACCUCUGCAUAUGUUUAAGUUUGUACUUUAUACCUAAAGCAGAAAUAGAACUAUGCAGACAAUCAGGUGGGCUCUAUGCCAUGCCUACAUUACAAAUCCAAGUCAAACAUAAUUACACACAUUCUAACCGUUGCACUCUGUCCGUAAGCCUUUAGAGAUAUGUGUCAUCCUAAAUUUCUGUUUUCUAGUCAUGUUUCCUAGCAAUAAAUAUAGGGAGGGGACUGCCAUGUUGACAGCUUUGAUGAAUUGAACAGUAUAAGCUUAUCAUCAAGCUGGACCAUGGACCAUAAGUAAUAUGUGUGUGUUUAUGUAAGGGUUUGUAAGGACAAUAUAUAUACAUUACUUACUUUCUUCUGUGGAACACAAAAGAAGAUAUCUUUGAGUUUUCAGCUGUUUCGUCCACAUAAUGAAUGAGAUCCAAAACAACACUGGAAACCCCUGACUUUCACUGUAUGGGCAAAAAUACAAUGACAGCUGAAAAUGAAAAUGAAAAGGACAUUUGUUAGAUGUAAGCUGUACAUCAAAGCCUGUAUCACUCCUACAUCAUAACCAUAAUAUUGUUAAACUGGGUUUGAUUUACCACUAGUAUACUGAGGUCAAGCUUGAGGCACAGGUUACUUGAGAAGAGAAUCCUAAUACCUAAAAACUACAGAAGAAAAUUGAAGACCCUGCAGAGACAAUGUAGGAAAUUCAAUAACACCAUAAAAAAGGCCCCAAUGAGCUUGGGUAUUGAAAAGGUGUAGUCACCCUUGAGCAGCGGGUAAACUGAAUGUUUCUUUCAUGAAACUCCUGAAUAUCUAGUUAAGUGGAAACUGUUCACCCAGUGGUAGUGAUAAAUUUCACAAACAUGAUUUGUUUAUUCAGUCCAUGAUUACAAAAACGGGGUAAAAGCUCAGUGACCUUGGAAAAAUGUUUUUUAUGUUUUUGUUUGAAUUUCUUUUACUAAACGUAAUCUUGGCAGUCAAAACAAUGACACCUUGUAACUUGAAUGACGGUUAGACAACAAAUCUGUACAAAGUAGGUUUUCAAACCAGCUAGUUGUAUGACUCGCUUCAAACAAUAUCAUUCAGAGUAAACUGAUGCUGAUGGCUGUUUUUCCCCACACUACAUUUAGAACAAAUCACAACCCAGCAUCUGUUUAUCCAUCUGUUAGUUUAUCCAUUAAUUAUGCAUUAAUACAACACAUACUCUAGCAGUAAUUGAAUUUUAUGUGGCUGCUUAUUAAGCAAAUAAAGCUUGUGUUAAAUGACUAUGGCCUGAUCAAUGUUUCAGUUUCAUCUUUUUAAGACUGGCUUUGUCU